ACACGUGCCAACGACCGAACCUGGUAAGGAGCUUCAGCCACAUGACGAUUGCCAUCAAACCAGACCAGCAGUUCCAAGUUCCUCGGCCAUAUUCCAUCUCGCUUUGCGACAAACUGUCUCCCUCACCACAUCAAUUUUACGAAUCAAACGCUCCAAGACGCCAUAAUGGUCGCCGAACUCCCAUACGCUCUCGACGCAGAGACGCCGCUCAACUCCAGCGAGCUCGACGUGCUCCGCAGUCAAUAUGAGAAGGAAGGCGAAAUGGUCGGCAUACAGACAAAGUUCAACUACGCAUGGGGACUCGUGAAAUCAACGAACCGCAACGACCAGCAACUCGGCGUCCGCCUGCUGUCGGACAUCUUCCGUCACUCCCCAGAGCGACGCAGGGAAUGCCUCUACUACCUUGCCCUUGGCAACUACAAACUCGGCUCGUUCGCGGAUGCCCGACGAUACAAUGACCUCCUGCUGGAGAGAGAACCCAGCAAUAUGCAGGCAGCGAACUUGCGACAGCUCAUUGACGACAAGGUCGCAAAGGAAGGACUCAUGGGUGUGGCGAUCCUGAGCGGUGUCGGUAUUGCAGCUGGUGUUGUAGGCGCCUUCAUCAUGAGGAACGCCAAGAAGAGAUAAUCCAGUCCAGAGCCUCGACAAAACUCAGAGAAGGAGUUGCAUAGCGUAGCUGAUUGUACGGUAAGGGAUCGAAUUGUUGGGAACGGCGUUGCGCGGAGUUGAGACACUACUAUUUGCGACUGGUACAAAUAUCCUGUCACCACACUGGGAACCAUGUAAAAUCGUCAAGCAAACAGAUAAAUCAAACUAGCUAGGAAAAACGCAG